UGUUCUAAAGUGGACCCACUUGUUCUAAAAUGGUCUAGUUUGUUCUAAAAUGGUAUAUUUAUUCUCCCCUAAAGACAGAGUGUUGAAUAUGUCGUUGGAGGAGAGGCGUAAGGAGUACCGUCGAUCUGAAUGCAUACCUCUGGACAAGAUCUUCACCUGGAGACAGACUCAGAGUAAAGAAGUGACAGUGGAAGAGGAGAGCAAGGACCUACUGAUUGACAGAGUAUCUCUCUACAAGGGUGACAUCACCAUCCUCGAGGUCGACGCCAUAGUUAAUGCAGUCCUAUCAUCCUCUCAUCACUCCAUCCUCUAG